UAUACAUACAGAUUACAACCUAAUCGGUAAUAAGCGGGUACGGUUGGCUUUUGAAAUCGGUUUAAUUUCGCGCGCUCAUUUAAAUCAUUCGACCCUCUCUCUGAAAACGACGCGAGGAGGAUGAAGCGGCAACAUUCGACGAGCAGCAGCAAAAUGAUGGUGUCAAACUGGCGCUGUAAUGCCGCUGCCUGUUCUAUCCUAAUUGUGUCACUGCAAUAGAGAAGACGGCCUGAUUAACGAUUUUGUUUCAAACAACUUUGCGUGUUCCCCAUUCCCCCUAGAGCUGUUCUCGUGUUGGUUAUUGAGCGUGAUUGAUUUCUUGAAUUUUAUAAUUGGGUAACACCUUCGUCCGAUUACUCCCAUUAUUAUCGCAUUUAUCGAUUGCUCCCCCAUCUAACUCGCAGCAAUGUUUGUGCCUCUUGAAAAAUACCAGAAUCGGGACUGGAGCGAUUGGUCACUGAUAUUUCCAGUGGUAUCAAUAGGCAAUGCAGCCCAGUUGGCUGUGGAUCUGUUGUGCUCUUCAUUGGAAACAGAAUUGGCAGGGUACAUCCAUUCGAGUUCGUUGCUACCUCUAGUUGGAGGUAAUCCUUACGUCGAUACUGACCCACGUCUUGCCACUGCGUGCCAGCUGUACGCCUGCCCUUCGAAAAAGAUUCUAAUUCUCCAACAGAGAACACCUGUGUCUCCGAGUUGCCGAGGCGAGUAUAGUUCCCAGCUGACUCGAUGGAUGAAAGAAAUGAAAUUUCAUCUCGUAGUAAUGUUGGCAUCGUGCCUUUCGGAGUACCGUAGCCCAGAAGAUCUGAAGGAGGGCGCGCUGCGCUAUUUAUGCGGUGAAGCUGUGGACGACAAAACGCGUGAAGAAGUUAUGGCUCAGGGCUGGCGUUUGUUUGAAAAGCAAGAUCCAUUAACGAAAUGUCCCUCGCCGGAGGGUGGCGUAUUUCUGAUGCCGGGUGCGGGCAUGGCCCGACCAAUCUGGGACAAAUGUCAAAAGCCACUCAACGUGCCUGUUGUGAUGAUGCUCCUAUACUGCUCAGAAGGUGAUAAUACGCCCGAUGCCCUUCUGUUGGCCAACUCACUCAAUCGGUGGCUUCAUUUGGCUGAAAAAGGAUGGCAGACGCCGAUGUCGUGGAGCCAUUUAUUUGGACAGGGCCCGCCUAAGGGCAUUUACUAACUUAUACAACAUUGUUUUUGGGUCGGCUUGACUUCUGCAGAAGCUGAUAAAGAAUGAAAUAUAACGAUUAUUCUUGUUGUUAUUGCAUAUGCAGUUGUACUCUUAUUAUUAUAAUUAUUACUGUAGUUAUGAGUGGAGUUAUCGUUACUGUAUUAUUUAUCCGGCGACUAAAGUAAAAGUCAUUAGUGUCCAGACAGUAUAUACCUGCGUAUGUAUUUUAUUUAGCAUUAUAUAUAUAAUUAACUAUUUAUACUGGUCGUGUUAUUCUGGAUAUGUUAAACGAACAUAAGACAUUACUCCUACUUGAUAUUUUAACGUUAUUGCUUACCAUCUACUGUUAAACGGAGGCGUUACCGUGGCUGAAGUGCGUGCACGGACAGAAAUGUCAACCCACAUCGUCAACGGUGUAGACUUGCUCGCUUAGGUAAUGAAUUAGGAAGCGUUUACUUAUCAAGAUAGUCUUGUAUUGAAAUAAUUAAAAUAAUUAGUUCAUUUGUUCGUUAAUACUGCAGGUGGACUUAAAGUAGACGCAGGUCGAAAAAAAAA